AGUGGACAAAGCAUGGUUGUAGGAAGUUCAUGCUAAGUACAUAUAUGCAAACGGGGCAGAAAUCAUGGCCUCAGUCGAUGCAUUUAAAGUGUCUUCCCUGAAGGGGAAAGUGACCCUGAUAACGGGUGCCAGCUCGGGCAUCGGUGCAGGUACGAGCGUCCUGUUCGCCAAACUCGGAGCUCUGCUGGCGCUGAACGGCCGCGACGUGGAAAACCUGCAGAAGAUCGCCAAGCAGUGCACCGAGUGUGGAGCUGCACAGCCGUUGCUUGUUCCUGGAGACCUGACCGACGAGGAGACGGUGAAGAAGACAGUGGAGCAAACCAUCGCUCACUUCGGCCGGCUGGAUGUUCUGGUCAACAGCGCUGGGAUCCUGGCGAUGGGCAGCAUCGAGACAACGGACCUGGCUCAGUACGACAGAGUCAUGAACAUCAACGUCAGAUCUGUGUAUCACCUGACUCAACAGUGUGUGCCACAUCUGAUCGAGACCAAAGGCUCCAUCGUCAACGUAUCCAGCGUCAAUGGACAGAGAUCGUUCCCUGGUGUUUUGGCUUAUUGCAUGUCCAAGUCAGCCAUUGACCAGUUCACACGUUGUAUAGCACUUGAGCUGGCGUCAAAGCAAGUCCGAGUGAACUCUGUCUGUCCUGGUGUGAUCAUCACAGACGUCCACAAGAGAGCAGGGCUGGAUGAGGAGCAGUACGCUCAGUUUCUUGCCAAGUGUAAGCAGACCCACGCUCUGGGACGGCCAGGCGAGGUGGACGAAGUGGCCCACAGCAUCGCCUUCCUGGCAUCUGACGCCGCCAGCUUCAUCACCGGAGUCAACCUGCCCAUCGAUGGGGGUCGCCACGCUAUGUGCCCGAGAUAAAUCAACAUACGGAAAUCUGCUAAUAUAGUACUUUCAAACUUCAA